GCGAAUGGAACAAAUGGAACCUCUUAAAAAGGGGCGCGUGCUUCCGAAGCGCGCCAGAGAAAGGGGAGACCGCACUGUGUACCACAACCGCAUCAGCGCGUGGGACACCGGAUGUACCACCGGCUGACAGUCUGCUGACGUGGAUUCCCGCUCAUCCUCUCGCCACUGGCUCAAGGAGAAGCGCUUCAGCUGCGUACCGGUGAGGCUGCCCAGUCCAGGAGAAGCAGGAAAGAACUGCGUUUUCGGAGAGAGGAUCAGAAACGGGGAGUGGGAGAGAGAGAGCGAGAGAGAGAGUCUGGCUGAACAUCCCUCAGGAUGAAGAAAAGCAGUAGUGCACAGGGAGUUGCACCAGGCGAUGAGAACAAGGAUCCUCCUGUGGGACAGGUAUCUACAGGCAGCACCCUCGGGGUAGAGUUGUGCAAAGUCCACAGGCGGUUUUCUGGCAACCUGCAGCUGCCUCCGUUGUCAUGGCGACAGGCAGAAAAGGAGAGGGACAGGGGCAGGUCGCUAACACCUGAAGAAGAUCCAGUGACCCGGACCAGACCCACAAGUCUGCCCAUCGUCUCUCUGCCCCGCAUCGACAUCACACAGGCUGACCCUGACAGCUUUGAAGUGGAGAAUGGGCCAUCGUUGUGCUGCAGUCCCUCAGACCUGCAGGCAUCUCCGGGUUCAGGUCUGGUUCUGCAUCCCAACUUGGCGGGCCACGGCCAGCGCCGGGAGUCCUUCCUGUACCGCUCUGACAGCGACUACGACCUGUCACCAAAGUCCUUGUCUCGAAACUCAUCCAUUGUUGGAGAACUGCAUGGAGAGGAUUUGAUUGUGACUCCAUUUGCCCAGGUUCUGGCGAGCCUUCGGACUGUCAGGAACAAUUUCACCACCUUGACAAAUGUACAAUGUGCAUCCUAUAAAAAGUCUCCUGCUGCAAAUCAGCCAUCUGUCACCAAAGUCUGCCUGUCAGAUGAGUCCUACCAGAAGCUGGCUAUGGAGACGAUGGAGGAGCUGGACUGGUGUCUGGACCAGUUGGAGACCAUCCAGACCUACCGCUCAGUCAGCGACAUGGCCUCCAACAAGUUCAAGAGGAUGCUGAACCGGGAGCUAAGCCACCUGUCUGAGAUGAGUCGCUCAGGCAACCAAGUGUCAGAGUACAUCUCCAACACCUUCCUAGACAAGCAAAAUGAGUUGGAGCUUCCGUGUCCAGUUCCUAAGUCGAGGGAAAGGAAGAGGAGGCAGGGCCAGCAGCAGCAGCAGCAACAGCAGCAGCAGCAGGGUGGCAUGAUGACUCAGAUCAGUGGGGUGAGGAAGGUCAGCCACACGUCCAGCAUCUCUGGGAGCUCCGGCAAUCGUUUCGGGGUCAAGACGGACCAGGAGGAGCUGCUGUCGAAGGACCUGGAGGACGUCAACAAAUGGGGCCUGAAUAUCUUCAGGGUGGCCGAGCACUCCCAUAACCGACCGCUCACAUGCAUCAUGUACACCAUCUUUCAGGAGCGAGACCUGAUGAGGACGUUCAAGAUUCCAGCGGACACCUUUGUGACGUUCAUGCUGACCCUGGAGAGCCACUAUCACUCCGACGUGGCCUACCACAACAGCCUGCACGCCGCUGACGUAGCCCAGUCCACGCACAUCCUCCUGUCCACGCCUGCACUGGAUGCUGUCUUCACUGAUCUGGAGAUCUUGGCAGCCAUUUUCGCUGCAGCCAUUCAUGACGUGGACCACCCGGGAGUGUCCAACCAGUUCCUCAUCAACACCAACUCCGAGCUGGCCCUGAUGUACAACGAUGAGUCAGUGCUGGAGAACCACCACCUGGCCGUGGGCUUUAAACUACUGCAGGAGGACAACUGCGACAUCUUCCAAAACCUCAACAAGAAGCAGAGGCAGACGCUCCGGAGGAUGGUCAUAGACAUGGUAUUGGCAACCGACAUGUCCAAACACAUGAGCCUGCUGGCUAAUCUGAAGACGAUGGUGGAGACCAAGAAAGUGACGAGCUCUGGAGUGCUGCUGCUGGACAACUACACAGACAGGAUGCAGGUUUUGCGUAACAUGGUUCACUGUGCGGACCUGAGCAACCCGACCAAGCCUCUGGAUCUGUACCGGCAGUGGACAGACAGGAUCAUGGACGAGUUCUUCCACCAGGGAGACAGAGAGAGGGAGAGGGGGAUGGAGAUCAGUCCCAUGUGCGACAAACACACGGCUUCAGUGGAGAGAACACAGGUGGGCUUCAUCGAUUACAUCGUCCACCCUCUGUGGGAGACGUGGGCCGACCUGGUGCACCCUGACGCCCAGGACAUCCUGGACACGCUGGAGGACAACAGGAACUGGUACCAGAGCAUGAUCCCCCAGAGUCCCUCCCCUCCCUUCUACACCAGCGACAGGGAGGGCGGCCCACAUGGGGAGCUGGAGGGGGGGCCCGUGGCGAGUAAAUUUCAGUUUGAACUGACGCUGGAUGACCAGGAUGGAGCCGAGGAGAGCGGAAUGAUGGAGACACCUGACGGCGUGUUGCUGCAAGACCAUCCCUCUGAUCCGGACGGAGGGGAAAUGGCGACGCGCGACGUCUCUCCGGCGGAAACAUAGCUGAACUGACGCCAUCCUCCGAGCGCAGCAGGUUUUGCUGUUUUGGCUGAAUUCAUUUAAUUGCAGUGGAGCAAUCCUGCAAUCUGGCUCUUUGGAGCUGCCUGCCUAAGAGGUCCUGACUGAAUGUGGGGCACCCCUGCAAACGAGGCUUGGAAACCCUGUGGAAGUUUGUUUUUGAGCCCCCUACAAGGGAGCUGGAAGAGCGUGCUCUUUAAAGAAGAGACUACUGUGGGACUGCAGAGGCAGGGCUGAAUCUUUGUCGUCACAGACAGAGAAGGUGAAGUGGACGAUACGGGACUAGUAAAAAUUCCAAAAUUGCACUUCAGGACAUUUUUUUUAUGUUCAUUUAAAUUCUUUGUAUUGUGUCCGGAUCGGAGGCCACCUGGUGAAGUGUCUAACCAAAACUACUAGUCAGCAAGUUAUUUGUAACCAAGUCGUUUCUUUUCUAACACUUGUCUAAAAAAAAAAAGAAAAGAAAAAAGCUGUGUGCCUUUUUUUAACAACCAUGUCUUUUUGUAAGUGUUUUUAUAAUUUAUUGAACACAUUCAUGUAGCUGUAAAAUGUGUCAAAUUUUCUACAAAAAGGACACAUUUGUCUCACACAGUCUUCCUAACGUUCUGGCAAUAGUUUAAGCUUGUUCUCACAGAAGUGUCCAGUGGAUGUAUCUCUAAAAUCAGUUGACUUCCCAGCACAAUUUGCACUUUGUGGCAUAGGAUGAAGAGAGUGGAACGCAUCAGUAAUCUACAGAAAACAUGACAGUAGACAUGUAAGACCAAAUUUAAAUUUUUUUUUUUCAAUAAUUCGUUUCAUAAACAAUUUAAUAACUCAUAGAUCGGAAAGACAUUUUUGUAUUUUUGAGUCCUAAAACAUCUAAAGAAAAAACUCCAAAGAUCCUGUAAAGAAAGCACUUUGAUGAUUUCACUGCCACGUCUGACCUGAGUGACUGAAGCGUCACCGGUGUAACAAGUCAGACUUCCGUCCAGAAGCCAAACUGAUCCCUCGCAGGCUAACAGAAGCCAGCUACUCAAUGAAAUAUCAUCAGAAAUCUCCAAGAUAAAGGCUGAAGAGUAAUCUCCUCCCCUCCUAUUGUGCUGAACUUUUCCAGCGUGGGAAAUCUGUUUCCGCCUUGUAAUUCCCCUUUUCAUUAGCUCACACACCUGUUGUGGUCAACAGGCUCCAUUCUCGUGAAUACGCUUUGCACCGUGGCUCGUUCUCAACUUUGAGUGACUGUCAGACUGUGUGCACAUUUGAAACGGACACCUGUUAGCGAUAGAUUAAUCGUAUCUUGUAGUUUUUAUUCCAGCACUUUGAGUAAGCCGACAGGUCCGCAGCUGGUUGCCGAUCUGUCCAACACUACCUGAAAGGUACCACGUUGUAAGGCGCAGCCUUCACAAUAAAAAAAGGGGGGUUGGCUCCUGUGUGUUUGCGUGUGUGCAUGUGAGUGUGUAAGUGGUCUCAGAGUUGCACAACCUUGUUGCACCCUUCAGCUGUUUGUAACAGUGUAUUUAUUAUCUUAUUCUUGUAUAUGAUAAUAUUGAUAUUGAUUGUUAAUAUUCCCUGUAUUUGUUAUUAUUUAUAUGCACUACCACGUGUCAAAUCACAGUUUGACUGAACUUGUCUGGUGGUUCUGAUUUAUUGUAAUUUUGCAAGCUAUUUUGCUAUAAGACCGUAACAUGAAGUCAUGCGGUUCAGUUCUGACAAUUUGUGAUGUAUGUUUGGUUUCAAAAUCCCAGCCAGAAAUGUUUGUGCGGUCUGAACCAACGACACCUCGCCCGAGGUGCAGAAGAAGUCUGGCUUUGUUUCUGUCUUUUGUUCCUGGAGGAGUAUGAAGGCUGGAUAUUUCCUGCAGUUUAUUGUGUACGGUGACGGGUCAUUGUACAGCUCGAUUUGCUGAAAUAUAUAACAUUGUUUCAAAUAUAUUUUUUCAGUGUUUUCCUCACAAUAUAUGGUCAAUUGGUAUAUGUUGUGCUCAACAAAUGUUUUCUAUCAGAUUAUUAAAAUGGGCAUGU